GGUUUGCUGAUUUUGAGAAAAUUCAACAACUUUUCUGAAUUCCUGCAACAAUUUGAGGAGUUAUGGGAUGAAUAUGAAGCCUUAGCUCCUCCUCCCUCAUAUGGAUGCCAUGAAUCCAAGCAGCAUGCAGAAUACUAUCAACUACAAAAAUUGUAUCAAUUUUUGAAUGGUAUAAAUGACUCCUUUGAUAAUGCUAAAGAUCAGAUUCUUAUGAUUCGACCACUUCCAAAUGUCAAUCAAGCCUAUUCUAUGGUAGUUAAUGUUGAAAGUCAAAGGAAAAACAAUACGGGUCUGAGUGUUGGCAUUGGUGAUUCUGCAGCACUGAUGAGUAAGGCUAACUCUGGGAAUGGAAAUAGUAGUCUCAAACCUAGAAACAACCUUGGGAGGUCUACACUACAAUGUGACUACUGUCACCUGAAAGGUCAUACCAAAUACACUUGCUAUAAGCUUCAUGGAUAUCCUGCUAAUUUCAAGGCCAAGAGAAGAGGUUAUUCAGGUCCUCAUAUGAACAAUGCAUCCACUGCCCCAUGGUUUCAAACUCCUGAUUCUUCUCAACCUAUUCCUCAAUUCUCCUCCCCUGCUCCAGUUUUUACUCAAGAACAAUAUAAUCAGAUCCUACAAAUGCUGAGCAAAGGAAACCAGGUAGAAUCUAUGGCAAAUGCAGCAACUAUGAACAACACAGGACCUCUUGAGUGGGAAGGUAAUGGGGAUUGGUAAGGAAGUGUGUGGGCUCUACAUCUUGAAGCCAGAUGUCUCUAAGGACUCAUUGCAACUGUAGGAUGCAAAGCAAAGUACCAAUUUAGUAUCUUUUGUAAAUACUGUCUCUAGUUCUAGUAACAAUAAGGCAGUUCAUACUAGGUCUACUGAGAAUUGUAUUAUGUCUUUGUGGCACAAGAGACUCUGGCAUGCACCUAUGAAAGUUCUACAAAAGAAUAAUAGUUUACCUCAUGUACCUAUUCAAGAUCACCAUUGUACAGUGUGUCUUAUUGCUAAGCAAUCUAGACUUCCAUUUCCUCAUAGUACUUCUUGUUCUGCUCAUCCUUUUGAACUUGUGCAUGUUGAUGUCUGGGAACCAUAUAGGGUCCCAACUUAUGAUGGUAAGAGAUAUUUUAUGACAUUGGUAGAUGAUUUCUCCAAGUACACCUGGCUUUUCUUAAUGAACACUAAAGCAGAAUCUACUAUUGUGUUAAAAAUGGUUUUAACACUAGUUCAGACUCAAUUUGAUUACAAGUUUAAGUGUCUCAUGUCUGACAAUGGUAUUGAGUUCUUCAAUGAGCAGGUCAACAGUUUCUUGGUGCAACAUGGAAUUAUUCAUCAGAGUUCCUGUGUAUAUACACCUCAACAUAAUAGUAAGGUUGAGAGAAAACACAGGUCCAUCCUUAAUAUGGCAAGAGCCUUGAGGUUUCAAGCCUUUGUUCCACUACAGUUCCGGGGUGAGUGUGUUUCUACAACAGUCUAUCUUCUAAAUAGACUGCCUAUAGUCUUGUUGAAGGGAACCUCUCAUUUUGAGAAGCUCUAUAACAAGGUUCCUUCUCUUCAGCACUUGAGGAUCUUUGGUAGCCUGUGCAAUUCCACCUCAGCCAGAAAAGCAGACAAAUUCAGUCCCAAGGCCAUUCAUGUUGUACAUUUAGCCUACUACUCUAUGAAAAAAUGAUACAUCUUGUAUGAUCUUCACUCUAAACUGUUCUUUGUAAGCAGGGACACUGUCUUCAAGGAGGAUGUCUUUCCCUUCAAGAAUGUUACAUCCAGUUCUUCUCCUUUAUUUCCUAUUUUGGAUCUUUCAGAAGUUGAUUGAUCUUCUGUCAAUUGCAUUACUACUCCUGGGAACACUACAACUUAGUCACCUUCUUCUGUUUCUAGCUAGCCUGAUGGACCUAGUCAGCCUGUUCUUGAUCAUCAUUUGCAGUCCAGUUCCUCCAAUACUUCUGAUCCGCCUCCUUUUAGGAAAUCAUCUAGGGCUUCUGCUCCUCCUAUAUGGUUGAAGGAUUAUAUUGUAUCUUCUAAAUGAGCAGCCUGUAACUACUCAAUUUUCCAGUAUAUUUGCUCCGAUAAGUUGUCUUCUGCUUAUCAGGCUUGUCUUGCUGCUUACUCAGUUAUGUCUGAGCCUACUACUUAUGCUUAGGAAAGUACUGAUCCUAAGUGGACAGAAGCCAUGCAGGCUGAGAUUGCUGCUCUUGAGGAGAAUCAGACCUGGUCCAUUGUAGACCUGCCUCCUCACAAGGAUCCUAUUGAUUGCAAGUGGGUAUUCAAGAUUGAAUAUAAGUCUAUUGGAGAGGUAUAAGGCUCGACUGGUUGCUAAGGGGUAUAGUCAUCUUGAAGUUCUGGAUUACAAAGAGACUUUCUCUUAUGUGGUCAAAAUUGUCACAGUGAGGUUUGUAGUGGCUUUGGCUGCAGCAUCUGGCUGGUUUAUCUUCCAAAUAGAUGUGCACAAUGCCUUUCUUCAAUGAGAUCUCCUUGAAGAGUUCUAUGUGCAGAUCCCAGAUGGCUUUUCCAGCCAUGGGGAGUGUCAUCAUCAGAAGUUAUGUAGACUGCAUAAGUCCUUGUAUGGACUCAAGUAGCCUUCUAGAUAGUGGAGCCUAAAGUUGACUUCUGCUUUGAAGGAUAUGGGAUUUGUACAGUCUCAUUAUGAUUACUCUCUUUUCACACAAAGGGUAGAUGGUGAUCUGGUAGUAAUUCUGGUAUAUGUUGAUGAUCUUCUGGUUACUGGGAAUAAUUUGGAGCUUAUUCAUCAGGUAAAGACAAAUUUGCAAUCUAAGUUCAAAAUGAAGGACUUGGGAGAAUAAAAAUUCUUUCUGGGAAUUGAGUUUUCCAGAUCAAAAGAAUGAAUCCUUAUGAACCAAAGGAAAUAUGGUCUUGAGUUAGUAUAUGAGCUAGAAUUAGCUGGUGGAAAGCCUAUUCCUACACCUCUUGAAUUCAAUCACAAACUCACCUUAGUAGUAUUUGACAAAUUUGUGAACAAAGGAGAAGCCUCUAUAGAUGCACACCUUGAGGAUCUAGGUAGCUAUCAGAGGUUGGUAGGCAGAUUGCUAUACUUGACAAUGACAAGGUCAGAUAUUGCCUUUGUUGUUCAAGUACUUAGCCAGCACAUGCAUGCUCCCAAGUAGUCACAUAUGGAAGCAGCUACACGAGUUGUCAAGUAUGUCAAGGGAACUGCAGGACUAGGACUGUUUAUGCCAGCAAAAGAAAAUAAGCAAUUAGUUGCCUACUGUGAUUAAGAUUAGGGCUCAUGUGUGGGGACAAGGAAGUCUAUCACUGGCUAUAUAGUUAAGUUUAGUAGAGCUUUAAUCUCUUGAAAAUCCAAGAAACAAAGCAUAGUUUCUAGAAAAUCUGCUGAAUUAGAAUUCAGAAGGAUGGCAUCUACUGUUGUUGAAGUCACUUAGCUAGUUGGCUUGUUCGGAGAGGUAGGAGUUACAGUGAACACUCCUGUGUAGUUGUUCUGUGAUAGCAAAGUUGCUAUACAGAUUGCAGCACACCCUAUAUUUCAUGAGAGGACAAAACACUUUGACAUUGAUUGUCACUUUGUAAGGAAAACAAUUCACGGUGGUCAAAUUCAAACUCAACAUAUUGGGAUUAAGGAACAGCAUGUUGAUCUGCUUACCAAGAGUCUAUGCAAACCACAACAUGAGUAUUUGAUUAGCAAGCUGGGAAUGAAGAACCUCUUCUAUCCCUUAGCUUGAGGGGGAGUGUUGAGAAGUAUAUACAUUGUAGAGUUACUUGGAUUGUUAGAAGUUAGUUAGUGGGUUAGUGUAUAACUAUCAACAGCUAUUAUUUUAUUGUUAAGGAGUUAGUAGUUAGUGAUAGUAUAUAUAUACAUGUACAGUACAUGUUGAUGAAUAAUAUUCGACAUUUUUUA